AUGAGCGCGCCGCUAUCCGCGGCCGAGGCACUUUCCGCUUUACUGUGGCAGCCUUACGAUUGCCGCUCGCCGCCCCUCUUGCGUUCCCGCACCGAUGGCGCUCUCGCAAGCGUGUACCUCGUCGCGGCGGGGGACGAGGCGCACACGCUCCAGUCGCCGAACGGCGGUCGUCAUGCGCGUGCGUCGUACCGCGCGACUACUCCCCGCCACGAGAUGCGGCUGCCCGUGCCGGCGCCCGCUCCUCUGCGAAAAUCGGAUUCGGUCUCGGUGCGUGUGCCCGGCGAGCCGAGCCGAUCGAACGAGUGCAAUGUGAACAUAGUGCAGGUGCAAGAUGCAUCACCAAGUCCCAACGUUAACAGUGCGGUGCAGACGCAGAGAGAAAGGAGUGUAGCGACUGCGGAAUGUCAGACGGAGGAGCCUGCGCGGCGGCGGCGUGCGAGGCGAGCGCGGGCGCCUCGUGCGCCCGACCUGCUGGAGAGCAUCCCGCCGCCGCCGUACAGCACGCUACCGCCGCCCGUGCACCCGGUGCCGGUGGCCGUGUCCUCGCCACCCGCGCCCAUCGUCACACCGCAUCCGCCACCAGCUCAUCGGUUUCCCUUCCAACCUAUACCUCUCAGAUCGGGAAGGGGUGCAGCAUACGCGUGUUCGGAAGGAGAGGGCAAUGCUCCUAAGUCUUGUUGUGGUCGGCCUCCGCUUAGGCUGUGCGUCUUGUUCCUUGGCAUUGUGGGUGCCUGUCUUGUGGCCGCUGGUGCUGUACUAGGAGCACUGAGGCCGCACCCGAGAGCACCGCUCACAUUACUAUUACUUAUGAUAGGUAUUGGUGUGGUGCUAGUGACGGCGGCUGGUUUAGCUUGGCGCCUGGGAGCUCGGGAUGCUCCCUGCGCGUUGCUAGGAUUACGGCGGACAUCAUGCCGUCGCCUAGUUCCUCGCCUGCCGCCCAGUUACGCCCGUCCACAUCACCCGUAUGCGGCCAUGUUGUACCCGGAGUUUCAUUACCGGCCUCCACCGCCUACCUACCAAGCUUCCAUGCAAGAGUAUAGACUCAGGUUACUUCUCCUUGAUAGAAGUGCGCCCGCGGUGUCGCCGCCUCCUACCUACAGAUCCAACUCAGCCAGUCUAGUCAGUAGAGGAACGACGGGAGCUGCGUGGUGCGGCUCGGAGUACAGCGGGCCGCCGUCGUACCGCGCGCCGCGCGCCGACCCGCCCGUCACGGUCGCGGACACGCUUCCCGCUCUAACGCCUCUCGAUCUUAAAUACGCCGACGACACGAUAGAAGCUCUACCGAAGCCUACAGAACAGGAAAAGGACCCAGAUGAACAUCUCGUGACCAUCGUCCAUACGGAGGCUCAACCCGUCAUAGUAACCGUCUCCGGUUCCGCAGCACUUAACGAAACGCACAUCACGCCGCCCUCCGAAAUCGAUAUUUUAGCACACUUAUAA